AUGGAAUCCAUUUAUCCAGACCUUCCAGUGCUGUCAGAGUUCCAGUCAGAGGUUCUCUGGGCGUUCUUUGAGUCACGUAGUGAGGCCGAUGCUGCAAGUCCUCCCCGUGAGGACUGUGAGGCGCUGGGCAGAGAAGUCGGUCUUUCUGAAGGGGAGGUUCGUAGGUGGUUGACCCAAGCACGGCAUGCCAAGCAGAGAAAGAGAGCAACAGAGCUGGAACACCUGGGAGGCUUUACAAGACAUAGCCACAGUUCUGAUAACGACUUUGAUGAUGAGGAAAACUCACUGAUCAUAGCUGAAGGAGAGGAUGACGCUGAAGCUUCAGGAAGCCAGGCAAUGGAUUUGUCGAGUACAAGGGGGAAACGAAAGCAGAGAGAUUCGGGAAGGGACGGUCAGGUGGAUUCCUGUCUCACAUCUGACUCAGAAAACGAGGUGUAUACCUCUGUCAUUGUUUCUGAUGAAGAAAGUCAGAAUGGUUCUUUUAGGGAGGGUCCUGAAAGCCCCGUUAAAGUGGAAUCGCAGCGUGAGGCCCAUGGUGAUAAGGCGUCAGUUGGAGGGAAGGUUUUGCGCUCGACAACAGUUUUCCUCUCUGACGCAGAGGAUGAGUAUGAAGAUGAGGAAGGUGGAGGGAGUCAGAGAGCGAAGAGGAAAAAACAGAAGAGGGAGUUUGAGCGUGAUGAAGUGGAGGUGAAGCAGGAGAGACAGGACCCAGAUGUGGAUCUACAGUUGGAGGCCCAAGGGGAUCCUCCGAGUUCACAGGCCCACUUUAUGGACCACCCUGAGAUUCUAACCAGUGCUCUCCACUCACUUCCCUUGUCCCUCGCUUCCUUUUCCACUCAGUUCCUUAGCCCGUAUGUUCUCUCUCUUACUCCUUCAGUUGUUGGAGAUGGGAGCAAAGUACCCAUCUUUUCCAACCCACCAACCAUCACACGCUUUCCCAGCUCUCUUCUCUCACAUCCCCUCUCCUCCCACAACCAAACCUCUCACUACCUGUCCAACGGGGACGACUGCGAGUCUGCUCUGGAUCUCAGUAUGGGGAAAAACAGCUCAAAAUCAUCUUCUUCCUCCUCAUCACUGGCUGACAGAAUUGCAGCACAGAAGGGACAGUUGCUGGACGGGCUCGGCCUACGCCCCACGUCCAAAGGUCUGGUUGUUGUGCAGGUUAAACCUGAAUCCGUUACUGCCGUGACCUCUUCCAACAGUAGUUUAAAUCUGGUCAACUGCAGUAAUAUGACAAAGGCUAACCUUUACAUGAGGGCGACGGAUAAAAUGAAUGCCACACUGUUGGAGAGGGAGCGAGAAAAGCAGGGGGAGAAGGAAAAGGAGAGGGAGCAGGAGUUGCAGCAGAGGAAAUCCAAAGGAAAAAGGUACAGGGACAUGAGACGUUCAAGAACUAUCAUUCAAGCUGAACAACUUGACAUUCUGUAUGGCUGCUAUUUCAAAGACCCGAAUCCUGGUAAACACGAGUUUGAACAGAUUUCCGAAUGGGUCCACCUUCCAAAGAAGGUUGUUCAGAUUUGGUUCCAGAACAUGAGGGCGAGGGAACGGAAAGGUGAGGUCCGGUUCAUCAGUGAUGGGACUUUGGCAGCAGUUGGCAAACCCCUCAUCAAAUUUACUUGGCCUCUUUCUAAACCCAUAUUCUCCAACAAGCCUGCUCCAAACAAUGCUGGGUGCAUUACAACUACUCCAAUUGUGCGCACCCUUAUAAAGACAGAGAGGGAACCUGUGAAGGAGCUGGGCAAACCUGCGGUGGUGAAAAAAAUAACCCCCGUUCCCAUCAAGCCCAAGGAGGUAGUUUCCUCGAUCACAAUAUCUCCUGUGAGCAGCAGUGCUUCGGCAGUGCCAAAGACCAAGCUCGAAACCACCAGCAACGUCACUAUGGUUAAAGUUGCGCCCAAAGUCAAUACCCCUGUCCUCUUGGCACCUCCCAAGGAUCUAGUUCCAAUUGCCCCGCGACCGGCCCAGAAACGAAAGCUGGAAGACGAGAGUGAGGAAGAAAAGACUGACGAGGAGAAAGACGAUGAAAACGAAAUGGGCCCUGUACCAAGGACCACUAACCGCAUGGUGCCGAAGCUGCCUACAACUCCUAUCAUCAGCAACAGGCCUUCAGCUACUACAGUGGUGACACAAAAACUGAAUGGGCUGAACUACUGGACACAGAAAGCCCCCAUUAAGAUCAACACCCUAUCAAGAGAACAACUGGCUCUUCCAUCGCACACAUCCCCCCGCACCAUUCCCCCUCCCCCCACACCCAGCAUUGCACCGGUCAGCCCGAAUACCCCCGCGUCCGCCAAAGUGGCCAGCCCCUCCACCCCGGUCGGAAUCAAAUCGAGCCCAACGGAAAGCGGCUUUCUGUCCCACUCGUCCAGCCGCAGGCCGCGCACUCACCUGUCCUGUCUCCAGCUGUCCAUUCUGCAGUCGUGUUACGAGACCUGCGCCCACCCCAACGCCAUGGAGUGCGAGGCGAUCGGCACCGAGCUCAACUUGCCGCUUAAGGUGGUUCAGAUCUGGUUCCAAAACACGAGGGCAAAGGAGAAGCGCUGGAGGCUGCAGCAGGAGAAACUGUCUCCUCUGUCUGGCGGGAAGGUGGACAUGAGCUCAGGGAGCUACCUGCAGUACAACGCUCUCAAAGCCAAUCGACCCAUCCUGCCCAAGCCUGUCCAGCUGACAGUUACUGAACCCCCAGCUUCCCCGGUGGCUGGCCAGCCAGCGCCGAAGGAGACCCUGACGGGCCGCUGCGACGCCUGCAACGUCUCCUUCGAGUCCUGGGCUGCGGCGAGGGCCCACGUUUUCUCCCCUCGUCACCUGGCGACCCUCAGAACCACUAACUUUGGCCAGCCGACGGCGCUCGUGAACAAGAACGGAACCGGUAACGGCGGGCCCGGCAGUGUCGUGCCGGGCUCACAGGUGUCUCUUUCCACUACUGUAACCAGCUCCGCUGACGGUUCUGGGGAGGAGAUUGUAAUCGAGUUGCCUCCAACGACGGCCACCAGCAACAGUUAAAGACUCAGAUCAGGAUUGGUCUGCACACUGACUAUUGUUGGACCCAUUUGGGCUCCUCAGAUUUUAAUAAACAAAUUUGAGCACUAAUCCUCAAAAACUAAUAUUCUUUAGUUUUUGACGUUGGCUUCCCCUGCACCCGCUGUCCUUCGCUCAACCUUCACUGACUCGAUAUCCGUUAAUCUAUAGAGUUCCCCUUGGAAUCGGAUACAAUAGCAGACUCUUUCCAUGCUGCUUGUCACUUCAUCAGUUGCUCUCUGAUAAGUGAUGAACGUUCUCAAGUUUCCCCUCAGUCUUCACACACUUUAUCCAUACAUUUUUGGUCCUAACCCUGUGGUUAUGUAUUGCUAUACUUCUAUGACCUUCCUAUAAUUUGUAAAGGCACUCAACUUGCCAUGCUUUGAGCUGUUCUGCCCUAAAGACUGAUGCAAGAGUUUCCUUUUUGGCAGUGGCCGCGAUGGGCCCGGAAACGCUUUUUGGGAUAAUAACAUGAAAUACAUUUAUAACUCCCAGUUUGCUCCUGUGGAUUUUUUUGUCCUCAUGUCUACUUUCACUAAGGGCAAAGAUUGCUUGGAAAUGACUGGACUGAACCAUUGGGAGAGGAAGAACUUGCUUUGACUGACACCUUUUUAAUUGCUACAGGAGUGUGAUCUGAAGAGUGUUGUCUUCUCAUUUGGGAUAUAAAAGAGGUACUUUAGAGUGCAUAGGGCUGUUGAAUAUUCCCCCAUUUACAUGUUCAUAGUUUCACGACAAUCCAAAAAGACGGCGCAAAAAGAGAGGCUGGGGAAAGCAGAAUCUUUGGCAUACCGCACUUUGACACAUUUUACAUUGUUUGAAAUGUUUUUAAGCAUUCUGAUGCAGGUGUCUUUUUAUGGAAAGAUACAUUAAUGCAUGUUGGAUGCCUUAAUAUAAAAUCACAUGAAAUAAAUUUGAUUUUUUUUGCUAAUCAAAUGAAACCUGCUUUAGGAGUGACCAUAAUGUGCAAAUCUGACCUGGGUAUAUAAAUGAAGAAGAGCUUCGUUCCAAAAUGCUAAUACAUUAACUUUUUAGGGGGGUGUUUCCGUUUCCUCUAUUCUGUAUCUAGAACAUAGCAAAUCCUGCCUGUUAAAUCGUCUGCAUUCUCUUGGCCAAGGACUAUAACUACCAACUGUUGUGCUUUUUACAUCAAGUUUUAUUGAUUCUGUAAAUUUCGGUUUCCACCCAAAUGUGUCUCAUUUUGGAAGGUAGCUCUUCAGACCUGUUGGGGAAGAUAAAUGUUUUACACCUACUGUAGAUGUGUUAGAAAUAUGACAGCCUUAAGAGGAAACACCACCAGGUAUAUAAAUUUAAAUCCAGGUGAACCUCGAUUAAUGUUGGUGAGUUAAAUUCACCCCCCAUCUGGCACAAAGGGUCAGACUGAUUUCCUAAAUUUACUUACAGUUUCUUUUCCAUAAAUACUAUGUACAAGUCGGGAAACUUAAGUACUUGUUAUAUUUGCGUCAGUAUUUAUACAAAGGACAAUAGAAGCUGUUCAAACUGGCAUUUAUGUUUAGGUCAAAAUUCAAACCUGUAGAGAUGAGAGAACAGGGUUUGAAUUGGGUUUCCUGUCCUCUCUUUUGGAUCAGAAUAUGUGAUUCUGGUAGUGUAUGUGCUGUGAAAUGAGAUCCAAUACGUGGAAACCACAACAAGGGAGACAGUCGGGUAUUACUAGUGCUUUCAAGGCACUAGUGGAUACUCGAUUCUAGGAAGCAAAUUAGGAAACAAAAAUGUAUUGACUGAGAGCUAAUAAGAUGGUGCUGUGUUGAAGGACACAUAACAUACUAAAGAUGUUUUCCUUCAAUUUAAGUUGUAUAUUAAUGUUGCUAUUGAUAGUUUUAACAAAAUGCAAAACUAAAACAUAAACUUUUGUAAAGAAAUAUAUUAAAAAAAAAUAACUGAUAUUCCAAAGUAAUCCUCCCGUUGCUUUCUGUCAUUCAAAAACCAAAAAGCAAUCUUUAGGUCGACAGAGAGCAGGAGAGGUGUUCGUAAAUGCAAACUGUAAAGGACGUCCCACGGCUUGACACUUGCACUAGUCCACAAUUUUUUGCACAAGCUACAGACAUUUCGGACGAACACAGCCAUUACAACAAGUCACUUGGUGUGGUUUUGAAACAAGGAGGGUAACGAUGUCCUUUGACGAGUAAUAAUUUGUACUCCUGUUGGAAACUGUAUCUUGUGUGUAAAGCAAGGACUGGAGUGCUCGAAGCUCAAGACUGGGAUUACACACACAUGCGCACACACACAGACACGGUGUUGCACUGUCCAAACUAGAUACAUUUUUAUGGAGAUCUGCUUUUUAUUCUUAUGUUCCAUUGUCACUUUGAUUAUCACUAUUGUUAUAACUGUACUACUACUUAUACGAUUUAUUAUUACUACUCAUCACUGUUUUUAAUUAUUAUUGCUCCAUAAUGGUUUUAAAUGCCACCUCUGCUAUAAAAAACAAAACAAAAAAAAAAAAAAACAAGAGUAUGGUAUUCCUAUGAAUAUUGAACAAUAAUAGUGGCAGUGUGGUUAUGAAUUGUUAGAUUUUUGAUUAAGCUUAUUUUUUUCUUCCUCACUUGUACCUGCCUUUUUUGUGUUUGGUCUCCAUUAUGCUUUCUUUGAUAUACAGAAAAGAAAUAAAAUCAGUUGAACAACUAA